AGUUUCUAUUCAGCAUCAGGAAAAGACUGAGUGAGGAAAUCAUUUCCUGCAGCACCUUCUCAAUCGACUCAACAGUAAAAGUGCAGCUAAAGCUGUGAACAGAAAUUCAAAGAGCGUUGUAUCUAAUGAACACCAUGAGCAGCACACCAAGGACUUUGCUGAAAGAGAAGCUCGAUCAGCUUCAGUGUCACUUCACGUGGAGCCCACAGAAGGAGACCAUUGACCUGGAUGAUAUGGUGUACAGAUUACAAGAUUCUAUCAAUAUUGCUGUCGAAUAUCAAGCUGCAUCCUACAACCAACUCGCUUUUGUAAACUGCCUGCAAGGCAACAGUGAGGAAGCUAUUCAAAACUUAAAGGAAGCUGAAAAGAUUCUGAGGGAGAACCACAAAGAUGCAUUUGAAAGAAACAGCAUCAUCACCUAUGGAAACUAUGCCUGGGUGCAUUACCACAUGGGACAACUGGCCAAGGCCCAGUCCUACCUCGACAAGCUGGAGAUGAUCUGUAAACCGCUCACUGAUGGUCCUCUCUAUACAGCAAUGAUACCUGAAGUGUAUGGGGAGAAGGGGUGGUCAUUGUUGAGAUCGGCAUCUCAAUACUAUGAGGAGGCAAAUAAAUGUUUUGAGGAAGCUCUGGAGAAAGAUCCUAACAAUACAGAGUGGAUCAUGGGCAAAGCAACUGCUCUGUUUCGUCUGGAAGCAUUUUCUGGAACCCAAGAAAAUCAUGAACGGAAUCAGUCAGUGAAGUAUCUGCGGCGUGUACUGGAGCUAGAUCCAGAUGAUUCAAUGGCCAUGGUGCUGCUGGCUCUGAAACUAAGAGAGUGCAAGCAAAAAGAGGAUGCAAAUAAAUUAAUUGAACAAGCGUUGCAGAAAACCCCUGAUUUUCCUUAUGUGCUUCGUUAUGCAGCCAAAUUUUACAGAAAAGAAGGAGUUUUAGAGAAAUCUGUCCAGCUGCUGAAGAAAGCAUUAGAAAUAACUCCACAUUCUGCCUUUUUGCAUGACCAAAUUGCAAUGUGUUACAGAACUAAAUUACUUGAACUGAUCGACAAUCGUCGUAGCAAAAACCCUCGCAAUCCUGAAUUUCAACAAAAAACACAGUUGUUCAGUCAAUGCAAGUAUCAUUUUGGAAUGGCAUUUAAACACCGUCCAAGGUCAGCAAUUAAAUCACAACUGGAUUUCGCAGACAUUUGUGUAAGAAAUGGAGAGUAUUCCAAUGCAAAGGAGAUUUACAGUGAACUGCUGAAAUUAGAAGACAUUCGUCCAGAAAACUUACAGGUAAUAUGUUUCAAGGCUGGGUGUUUUGAACAAUACCAGAGAAGAUCUGAAUCCAAUUCGAUGAGCCUAUUCAAGAAAGGACUGAAGGUUGAGUAUGACUCAAAAGAACGGAAAAAGUGCUAUGAAAAAUUGGAGAAGUGGGCAGAUGGGAAAUUGUGCAAGGAUCAACGUGACAGCACGGCCCUUGGUGUCAAAGGGUUACUGCAUCAGAUGGAUGGAGACAAGCCGAAAGCUAUUGAAUACUUUGUGAAGGCCUUGGAGAUCGAUCACAAUAAUGAAGAAUAUCUGAGUGCUCUAUGUGAAUUACGCCUUUCCAUUGAGGAACAUUAGGGGCAGUACAAUGGAGAUGCGGUAGAGCUGCUGCCUUAUAGCACCCUAUCUGUGGAGUUUGCACGUUUCCCUGUGAUUACAUAGAUUUUCUCCGGUUGUUCCAAUUUCCUCCCACAUUCCAAAGAUUGGCAGGUUUGUAGGUAAUUGGCUUCUGUAAAUUGUCUCUAUUGGGUAGGAUGCAAAACUGGAUUAAUAUAGAAUUUGUUUACAGUGAUCGAUGGUCCGUGUGGGUCAAAGGGCCUGUUUCCAUGCAUGGUCUCUGAACUAAACAAACCCAAACCAAGCAUAUUGAUUCUUCAAAGAUACAUUCCUUAUAUUGUCCAAGGACAAUGCGGAUUCAGUUUCAGUUCAUGUAUUCUGCCAGCACUGUCAUCAAUGUGGCUCUUACUCAUGAAAAUGUGAUUUUCAAUGAAUACUUUGUAAUAAUCUUUGGCAAUCCUCAUACUUCAUUGAUGAAACAGAUAUAACUAGAAACAAAGGAGGGUUUGGGGGAGUUAAGUUAAAUGGAACCAACUCAGAAAAACUCCUUAUACCUCAUAAGGAGUCUUCACCACCAUCUCGACUUAAGCUGCCACUUUCAGUAAGCUAUAGACUUGGACUCCCAAGAUCCCUCUACACAUCAAUGCUGUAAGGGGUUUGCUAUUAUCUGUAUACUCCUCUUACAAUCCUCCCAAAGUUCAGCACCUCACACUUGAUCGGAUUCAAUUCCACCUGCCAUUUCUCCGCCCGUUUCAGGAAUUGAUCUAUACCCGCUCUUCUGAUGGCCCUUUGCUCUGUCUGCAACUCCUCCAAUGUUGGUGUUGUCGGUAUAUGUGUGUGUAUGCAUGUGUGUGUAUGUCUGUGUAUGUAUAUGUAGACACAAAAUGCUGGAGUAACUCUGCGGUUCAGGCAGCAUCUCUGGAGGAAAGGAAUAGGUGGCGUUUCGUAUCGAAACCCUUACACACAAACAGCAGAGGUCCCUGCGGAACUGUACCGCUCACAGAUCUCUAGCCCGAAAAUCUUCCUUUCACCACAACCCUCUGUCUUCUACGAAUAAGCCAGUUCUGCAUUCAUACAACCAAAUCACUUCCGGUGGCGCCAUGGAUAAGUAAGAGGUGCUCCUUUUUAGCUCCGCUGCGAAAAACACGUUCAAACCCGUUAAAAUACCUGAAAAGAAAAACGGACCGAAUGAAAAACACCUACCGGCAGAUGCCCGACGUCAGAAAACGACGCAUAACACAUACCCGACUGGAUGCCGGUAUUUGAAAUGAGUAAACGGUUUCUGCCUUCUCAACCCCAGACCAGACAAAGAACCUGACUGCAGGCUCUUCAAGACAAAGAAACUUCUGGAAAAUCUUCUGGAGAAUCUGAGGAAGAAGGACUUAUUUCUGCCAUGGAAAAGAAAACACAAGAACAGGAAGAAACUUUAAGACGGGCUAUGGCAAAAGACUUUGGAGAAAUUCUGACUGAAAAGCUUGAAAUCUAGAAACAAAGCUUGAUGGUAGGAAUAAAGAAAUUUGUGGAAAAAUUGACAUUCUACAAGUUCACAUCGAAGAGGUAAACACUGUUUUGAAAGGAGAAAUUAAAUGGGUCGAAGAAGAUAUUAGCAAAAAGUUGGAGCCCAUUCUCCACACUUCAAAAAAACAAAACAACGCUAUCGGAGAACUCGAAGUUACCACUACGGACAUCUCUGACACAAUGCAAAGACUGAAGAUAGAUCUAGACCAUGUUUCUGGGCAACGGACCAGAAUGACCGACAAAUGUCUGGAUCUUGAAGCCCGGUCCAGAUGUCAAAACUUAAGAAUUGUUGGAGUGAAGGAAGGGAAGGAAACUGGAAACGAUUCUCAGGUCUUCACUGCCAACUUACUCCAAAAGGUAUUUAAUCUGCCUGAGAGACCUAAAAUUGAUCAGGCACAUCGAGUCCAGAGAGCCCGAUCAGGAGCUGAUGCCCCACCAAGACAAAUUAUUCUUAAACUACAUGACCUAUCAGUUCUAGAAGAUAUCAUGAAGAAAGUGACAAGCACUGCAAUCCUGACGUUUGAAGGAGAAAAUAUAAGAAUCUUCAGAGACUAUCCAGCAGAAGUUGUCAAGAAGCGAACACUUUUCACCAAGACACGUGUUAUUCUCAAAGACAUCCCAGACUUAAAAUAUGGAAUGAUGUAUCCUGCCAAAUUAAGGGUCACAUACGGAGGAUUGGAGCGUUUCUUUAUCGACCCAGAAGAUGCAUUUAAAUAUGCGCAAGAGUUAAAAAAGGACGUAAAGGGAUAGGUAGAUAAGAAAUAAUCUGUAUGAUUAGUAGGGGAUGUCCAACUGAACUUUCACUGAAUCUGUGUUAAAGCGUGUGUUUAACUUACACCUUUUAUAUGUGUUUAUAAGGUGUAGACUGACAUCAUCUGUUUUUUUGAAAUAUAAAAAUAUAUCUAAAUACCUGCAAAUAAGAUGGCCGACAGGAUCAUAGGCGGUUAAGUCUAGACAUACUUAUCAGAGAUAGAUUGGAAUGUAAGUGUGGAUGACUGUUCAAGGUCCCUGUGUUUACGAGGAAAGCGUUCAAGAACUUUGAAAUAUUCAGCAUUGAAAACAAUUUAAACGUAUGGUUAUGAUAUAAUACACUAACAAAAUAUAUAAUUAAAGCCAUUAUUAUCACAUAAAAUACUAACAAACAUACUACGUCUAUUUUAAUCUAAAACCUAAUACUAACCCAUUUAUUUUUAUCUAAUACCUAAUAGUUAUGAUAUUUAAUAAUUCUAGGUAAUGGUCAAUGUAUUGGUUUAUAUUUAAAAUAUAGUUAUUAUCCACCCGAUUUGGGGGGGGGGGGGAGAAUUUCCAGCAAUUACCAGGUCAGAGUGAGAGGGAAUAUGUUAGAAAACUGGUUGAGGAGGUGUAAGGAAAUCAAUAGUUAGGGAGGUAGGGGGCAGAGGGAGGAGAUGAACGAAUAUUGACGGCUAUAACACUAAAUAUUCCAAUAAUAAAAUAUCAUUAAAUGCAGAUUAUAUAUUACUUUAUAUCACCAACUCUCAAGUUAGCAUUCCAAAUAUACGAAGGUUUAUAGAGGAAUUCGGUUCCUUUUCACGAUAUAGAAUAAAUUUAAUUUAAUGAAAUUAUGUCAAUAAAACCUCAAGAGCCGACUCGCCUCUUAAAAUUCCCUUUUAGAAUUGCUACGGAAAAAUUUAAAUAUCUUGGCGUUCACGUAACUAGAAAAUACACUUCUCUAUUUCAAGCAAACUUUCCUCCCUUAAUCACCAAACUAAAUGCCAAUACUCAAUUUUGGAAAACGUUUCCGAUGUCUCUCAUAGGCAGAAUAAACGCCAUAAAGAUGAUCUUCCUUCCACAAAUCUUGUAAUUAUUUCAAUCAAUACUGAUUUAUCUUCCUAAAACUUUUUUUUAAAACCUUGAUUCUCUGAUCACAAACUUUAUUUGGGACUAUAAAACACAUAGAAUCCAUAAACGAUAUCUAUGCAAACCCAAAGAAAUUGGUGGGCUGGCUCUCCCCAAUUUUUUAUACUAUUAUUUGGCUACGAAUAUUAAAAACGUAAUCUAUUGGAUGAACAACACAUGCCAAAAGGUAGAAUGGUUAAUAAUGGAGAGACCGGAUUGUUUGCCGUUUAAUAGAGGCGUGAUUCUUCUCUCUCCAAUAAAUUUAAAGAAAACACUAUAUGAGAAAAAUCCGAUUAUCCACAGUACCCUACGAAUCUGGAGACAAGUGAAGUCAACCCUUAAACUGAGAAAUUGAUCUCUUCUCUCACCAAUUGCCAACAACCCUUCAUUCAAGCCGUCUAUUUUAGACAAAACGUUCACACUUUGGGAAAGAUUAGGAAUGAAAAAACUCGGAGAUCUUUAUGAGAUGGGAACUCUUCUCUCAUUUCAAGAAUUACAGUCGAAAUAUCAUCUGAAAGGCAGUCAAUAUUUUAGAUACCUUCAAAUACGAGACUAUCUGAAAUCACAUAUCCAAGACUAUCAAUCUAUGCUGCCAGACACACUAGACGAAUGUAUGAAUAAAAACUCGGAUUCAAACAAGUUAAUAUCAUAUCUGUAUUACACCCUUAUAAAUAGAGAAAUCCCAUCGUCAGAAGUAAUUAGAAGAGUCUGGGAAGAUGAGCUUGGC